UCUCUGGCGACAGCAUCAGCAAGGCGGAGCUGCUCGAGUCCUGGGACCAAAUCUCCGACACCAGCUUCGACGGCCGGCUGCAGACGUUCUUCGACAUGGUGGACAAGGACGCCGACGGAAGGAUCACCGAGGAGGAGGUCAAAGAGAUCAUCACGCUGAGCGCGUCAGCGAACAAGCUUUCGAAGAUCACGGAUCAGGCGGAGGAGUACGCCCGGCUGAUCAUGGAGGAGCUGGACCCGGGGAACCUGGGCUACAUCGAGCUGUACAACCUGGAGAUGCUGCUCCUGCAGGCGCCGAGCCAGUCGGUGCGCAUCGGCACCACCAACAGCCGGUACUACUAUUGGUUCGGGCCAGUGACCGGUCCGUCAUGUUCGGGCCCACCGGGUAAACGGGUCGGCUCGACACGAUUUUUCCCUGUGCGUGCCGGUUUUAGGCAUGUCUCUAGGCACGUGGGCCAGCACGACCCGGCCCGAAGCAUCAACAGGCCGUGCCUGGCCCGACCCUAUUCGUACCAGGCCGAAACGGGUUCGGACCGGGUCCGUGUCGGGUGGCCCGUUUGGACAUCUAUAGCUCCGAUGCACCUGCCCAUGCCAGCAGGUAGAUGUUGUUCAUUGGAUUCCAAAACUCCAGAAAUCCGCUGAAAGUGAAAUGGCCUCAAUCAUCUCUUAUAAUCGAUUUUGGUGUUUUACGACCAUUA